AUGGUGAUCAGGGGAAGGGGGGGCGAGGGCCCUAUUGUGGCUGACGUGACGUUUCCAUGGCCUAUAGAUAUUGCCAGCAAGUUUGGGAUUCCAAGGCUGGUUUUUCAUGGGACAAGCUGCUUUGCUCUUUCUGUCUUUGAAAGCCUAGUGCGCCAUGAACGUUACAAAAAGAUAGCAUCUGAUUUUGAACCCUUCGAUGUGCCUGUGCCUGGCCUUCCAGACCAAAUAAAGAUUACAAGACUCCAGCUUCCAACUUAUAGUAUAGAAGAAGCAGAGAAUGAGAGGAAAAAGCUGAUAUAUCAAGCUUUAAAAUCAGACCAGACAAGCUAUGUAGUCAUCAUAAAUAGUUUCCAUGAGCUGCAUCCAGCUUACUCAGAAUAUUACUCCAAAUUCUUGGGAAAGAAGGCAUGGCACAUUGGCCCUGUUUCACUCUGCAACAAUAACGACGAAGAUAAAGCCGACAGAGGAAAUGCAGCCUCCAUUGACAGGCAUGAGUGUCUAAGAUGGUUAGACUCAAAGCAACCCAAUUCAGUUGUCUACAUAUGCUUCGGAAGCUUAUCCAGGUCUUCAGCUUCCCAGCUAAAUGAGAUAGCCAAGGGUCUCGAAGCUUCUGGACAGCACUUCAUUUGGGUUUUGAAGAAGGGAGAGAAACAAGAGUGGCUGCCAAAAGGAUUUGAGGAAAAGGUGAAAGGUAAGGGUUUGAUGAUAAGGGGAUGGGCACCCAAGGUUCUAAUUCUUGAUCAUGAAGCUGUAGGAGGCUUCAUAACACACUGUGGAUGGAAUUCUACAAUAGAAAGUAUCAGUGCUGGGGUGCCAAUGGUCACCUGGCCUCUUUAUGCAGAACAAUUUUGUAAUGAGAAGCUGGUUACAGAUGUUCUAAAGAUAGGAGUGGAUGUUGGAGCCAAGGAAUGGCAUUAUAGAUGGGUGGAUGACACAAAAUUUUCAGUGACCAAGGAAGAUAUAGAAAGGGUAGUAACUCGGAUAAUGGUUGGCAAAGAAGCUGAGGGAAUAAGAAACCGCGCCAGGGCAUUGAAAGAUAUGGCGAGGAAGGCUGCAGAGGGAGGUGGAUCAUCUUACUCUGAUUUGAAUGCUUUACUGGAGGAAUUGAUAUUGAACUGCCCUUAAAAAGAGCUAUCAGAUAUCUUUUCAUUUUUAGCUACAUCACCAUGUAGAAAAUGAAAAAUUACUAAGAAAUUAAGGAUUAAGAUAAGUUUUAGGACAGGUAUAU